AUGCCCCUCGUCUACCACCAUCAUCGCAAUCCUUCUCCUCCACUACCACCACAACCACCCGAGGUGGCCGGCGAAUCUUCCCAAGUACAGUUGAAAAUGCAUUCCCAUGAUCCCAGCCCAACUGACUCGCCACCUACUUUCCCCUCCACAACGCCGUCAUCUUUACCAGAAAUCAUCACGUCGUCACGAGUCACCGACAGGGCAGAACUGAUUGAAAGAAUUAAAGCUGGUCAAACUUCUACCUGGGUUCCCAAUCGCUCGCUAUCUAACUACAACUACCACACAACACACUCACCAGAACAACAUUUCAUCGAUGAACAUCCUGACCGUCCACAUUCUGCUCUUCAUCAAGGAGUAUUUGUAAAUGAAUCUCGAAAUAGCCAGAUUUAUCCUCAAUCUCCCAUCCUUCAGCAAAGUUCCCCAUUGAGCUUGGAGUUCAAAUCUCUCUUCUCGACAAACCCAUCCCCGAACCCGGCAGAGGGCCCCAUCUUUCUCAAAUUUUGUUUUGAAGGCACCGACAUCACCACUAAACCAAUAGCUAUCUCUACAUCCAAAUCAGAGAAACGUUUCCCUGUCCCGGCAUCUCCACUUUCUUCACUUCAACUCUCGCCAUCAGCGCCUCUUAAUUCUCGACAGUCUUUUGGAUCAGGGACUGGCAGUCGGCGUAUUUCGGAAAAUUGGCAAGAGCUCCCGUCUCCUUCAGUAUCUUCUCGCCAAACUCGCCGCCUUUCCGGCUUUGCAAACUCUACAUCGGAUUUGCCUUUUGGAUCAUUCGUCGGCUCUUACGAAGAAUCUAUACUCAAUGGCCGCAUGUCCACCACCCCGUCUAAACCACUCAGUUUCGUCGCUCAAAUUGGCGUUCUGGGAAUUGGGAAAUGCAAAGCUUCGCUUCGUUGCCCGGCCCAUGUGACCUUACCUUUCCCCGCUUAUUUUUACUCUGUGGGCGACUACGAUAGUCCUUCUCCCUAUGUGGGUCAAAUUGAUCUCGAUACUGCCCUUAGUGCCGAGAAAAACAAGCCUUCGAAAGUUCCUCCUGGCGUUGGGGGCGCCUAUCGCAUUCCUCAGCGUGGGCAACUCCAAAUUGUGAUCAAGAACCCAAAUAAGACGGCCGUAAAGCUUUUCUUGGUUCCAUAUGAUCUCAAAGAUAUGGAUGCAGGUACGAAAACAUUCAUCAGACAGAAAAGUUAUUCAGCGGGCAACGCGUUGCUUUCGGAUCUUCCCCAAAGUUCUACGGUUUCUAUGAAAAGGGAAAAGGAAAAGGAUGCAUUGCGUUAUUUAAUCCACUUGCACAUUGUUUGCCCUAGUCGAGGACGUUACUACCUUCACAAAUCAAUUAGGAUUGUUUUUGCCAACAGAGUCCCUGAUGGUAAGGAGAAAUUGAGAAAUGAGGUCUUAUGGCCCGAACCGAAAUUUAGUCCAUGGAAGGCAGAAAACAGCACUUCCACACUUACUUCCUUGGCUAGCCACAGGAAAAGGAGGGCCAGUUAUUCGGAAAUGGUUGGGGUGAAAGGAAUGCCCCCCUCAAAAGAUGAAGAAAAGGCAAUGCUGUUCACGCCUUCGGACAUUGAGAUGGACCAUGGAAAAAUGAUGGAUCUGGAUUCGGUCAGCGAUGUCAACGGUGAUGCUGGCGAAUUUGAGAAAAUGAGCGUUAAAACCUCUUUAGUUAGGGGUGAACCACAUGGGUUAUUGGCUAGGAAGCUGAAGAGCUUGGGGGUUGAAGGAGGUAUCAUUGCUGAUGGUCCUCUUGAUAGGUCAUGGCAUGAGUAA